AGGCUCUAUAUUUACGUAUAUAUCUAUACUUUAUAGAUAUAUAUAUAUAUAGAAAAAGCUUUUCCCAUCAUUUAAUAGUGUUGUCCAAAAGAAAAAUAUAUUUUAAAACUCUUAACUGAAAAGCUAUUUUUGUAGAUGAAAUUUUUUAGAAAAACAACAUCUUUACUGCUAACGGCACAGAGUAAGCAAAGCUUUAUGUGUAUCUCUAUUUUGUGUUGAAAUAUCCAGUAUAUUUUCAACUGUAAAGCCUUCUUUCGCUCCUGACUUAUUACAUCUUCUCUUUGUGAGAGUAUAGGUAAAAAACCGCUGCGAGUUUUAAAUAAGGAUUCCUGAUAUAAAAAAGAAAUUGGGGCUUAAUGAAAGAUAUAUAUACUAAUAUAUAUAUAUAUAUGUUUGAUUGUGAAAAUGGCUUAAUCUCCUCAAUUUAAGUAGAACGAAAGUUCUAUUUUAUCAAACAGGAUUGUAAAAAAGUAGGAAAAGAUUAAGAAAAGAUUUAGACUGGGAGAUGCGUUUGUUUCCUACUUUUCAUUCUUAAAAAUAAAUGUGAUUGAGUUGGCGUGUGAACAAAACAAUUUAAAGUAAUCAAAAUUAUAUUUAUGCCUAUUGACAAAUCUAGAUUUAAAAGUCUGAGGACGUACACAAAUAUUUAUGUUUUCAACAUGGCAAUAAGCGAUUUAUUAAUGGCGACAACAGGAUUUCCCUUAUUUAUUUACUCAUCUUUAAAGGGAACAUGGGGUUUGGGUAAAUUAGCAUGCGAACUAUACGGAGCGUCUGGUGCCGCAUUUAGCUAUGUUAGCAUAAAUAGCAUGAGCUUAAUCAGUUUGGAAAAAUGUCGUUUUAUUGCGUCUACGGUGGACGAAAAGCAUGCGUCCGUCAGGGGAGCAAUAGUAACUAGCCUAUUUUGUUGGUUAUAUUCCCUAACUUGGGCAGUCCUACCACUAAUGGGAUGGAGCAGGUACAAUCUAGAAGGUUUUGGGACCACCUGCUCUUUUGAUUAUGCCUCUCGAUAUACUUCAGAUAAAUAUUUCAUCAUCACAGUCUAUAUUAUGGAAUUUGGUUUACCUCUAUUAAUAAUAAUUGUAUCCUACUCUAUCAUCUUUCGAAUAAUUAACAAAAGAAGACCUGCCAGCGUACAAAGAUCAAGAAUACUAUAUACUAAGGGAUUGUCUUCAACUUCUUGUUCGGAGUCUGAGUCUUCUGGACAGAGAAUGAACAUGGAAUAUAAAGUUCUCAAAGUGAUUUUCAUAGUCAUAUUACUUUUCUGCAUAGCUUGGUUACCGUACGCAGUUGUAGGUCUCAUCUCGGUAUUCAGUCACACAAUACAUCCAAUUGGAGCAAUGCUGGCUUGUCUGCUGGCAAAGUCUUCUACAGCUUAUAAUCCAAUUGUGUACGCCAUUAAACAUCCUAGAUUUAAGGGAAAAAUAGCUGCUGUUUUGAGAAAUGCUGUUGAGAGGGCCAGAGAAACGACUAGAGAUUUCUGAUCUGAUUUUAUGAUAUAUACACGUACUCAAUAUACAGCGAAUCAUUAUAAUUAAGAGGAUUGUAUAUAAAUUAGUUGUGGAUAAUUAAGGAAAUCACGUUAUAAAGCAUUGGUGUAUGAUGAUUAAGAGGAAUUGUCCUAAUUUACAAAAACAAUAAAAAAAAUAAAGUUAUGUUAUAUAAUCUCCUCCGAAAGGAUAGUUACUGUCUCACAAAAGAAGGAUAUAUUCAAUCUCUCAGGAUUUGAAAUUAGAACAACUUUGUAUUCUUUAUAAACCUCAAGAAAUUUCUCUUGACUCCUGGUUCACUAAAAAGAUGUAAAUAAACAAGUAUUCACGAGAUAUAUACAGAAUAGUAUUAUUUUGUAUACUAUAUUUAUCAACAUUAAAU